AAAGAUGGCGGAUGGGUCGCCCAAGGACCGCGCCGGGCCGCAACAAAUGAACGAUUUAACUUUUUCCGCGCCCGACACAGGACAUGGUGACACAAAAAAGUGCAGUGACAAAACAUUGGAAAACGAUAGAGUGAAGUUGUCUUUCUACACCGAACUGGAAACGAGUGAAUCGUGGGAGAAAAGUGAUUCGCGCGGCGUGGCCGCUAAUCGUUCCGCAGCGGGCGACUCCGCGGGCUCCCGAAAUUCAUGCGAGACGAACGCCGUGGACGUCGAGGACAGGAAGAAGCGAUGUUUCGACAGAUACGACAGCUCCGAAUCUUCAGACAGUGGCGUGGCGGUGCUGAGUCCUACGGAGAGCAGCGGCUGCAGCAGUAGCGACAUCACCGAGCCGCGGUCGCCGCGCAGCCCUGAAUCCGGGUGCAGCGGAGGCGAGGACUCUGGUGGCGGAGCGCGCAUGCCGCCGUGGGCGAGCGACCCGGCGCCGCGCCGCCUCGCGGCCCAACCCGCACCCGUGCGCCGCCCUAACCCCCCGCCACACCGCCGCAUCACCGAGUACUUCAACCACAAGAUGAAGCCUCAGACCGGCAAGCGUGAAGCCACCAGCACCGGCAACGAUGACACCAAAAGGAAGUGCCUUCCCAAAAACGGCGUCACUCACGACUUAGAAAAGUACAUCUCUUAUCUAUCACAAACGCUCAGUCCCAAGGUGAUGCUAGAUGUCAGCACGCAGUCGGAAGCGGCCCAAAAAGCUUUAGCUAAUGGCGCGACGAAUAACAAACCAACAGAUCUCAGUAAAAAGAGUACGAAUGCCAACGGGAUGGUUGAUUAUAAUAAGUCUAAAGACAAUAAAGAUAAAAUUCACACGAAUAUGAAUGGUUUCGUAGAAGUUCGCCACGCAACGGAGUCGUUUACCAAAGACAAGGCAUCGCACGGUCCUCUAAAUGGGCUGAACGAUCAUAAAAAACGUGGUCAUGACAUGAAGACAACACAAAACCCAUCCGCCAAUGGGAUUGUAAAAGCCAACAAGAAUAUUGCUGACAUCACUCGCAAACUUCCACUAUCAGCAACGAGUGACUUAACGACUCUUAGGAUUGCACCAGCCACCUCAGCCUGUCAAUCGCCGAAGAAUUUAACGGUUGCUAAACCAGACUCCACUAAAAUGAAUGGUGUUGUGAGCUCUACCACUAAGCUGGACAGCAGAAUGAACAGCGUGACGUGUGGUUCAAAUAAUAUCAGUUUAAACCCAAUUGCUUGUAAACCAACGUUGAAAAAGGAAACCGUUAAAAAGACACAACCUAAAAGAACCAAUCGGAAAUCGUCAGCUUGCAUUGCAAAUAGCAAGAAUUUGACGUGGUCUAAAGCGAACAACCUUAAGCAGCAAGUUCAACUUCAAAAACAAAAUUGUAUCAAUGCAACGCAACACAAAUCACCAGUGAAAACUGUCCCCGAAGCCAGCACAGCACCAAAGAUGAAUAUUCCUAAUGGUGUUCGACAAGUUUCUAUGACGGUCAAUGGCAGUCUCGGCAAUAUUAAUAUGUCUAACUUACAAAACGUAAAUAAUUUACAAAACGUUAGUACCUUACAAAACGUAAAUAAUUUACAAAACGUUAGUAACUUACAAAACGUAAAUAAUUUACAAAACGUUAAUGGGUUACAAAAUGUUAAUGGUUUACAAAACUGCCACCAAAUCAACCUAUCUCAAUCUUGUAACGGAACCGUUACUUCAACCCACUUACCAUCUUUCGUUGCUGUUCCGCAAAACGUAAUGCUUACUACGCUAAGGAUACCGCAAAACGGUAUGCAACCUCAAACUAUAAAUCAACAAAAUAAUUUGAACGCUUUCAAUCGAUCAAACGUCAAUGUGUCAAGUCCGACGAAAUUGAAUGGGCAAUUUGUUUUUCCAUUUGUGCAAAACAUAAAUGGAACCGUUGUUCAAAUACCAAAUUUAAUGGCGAAGAUGCCGAAUUUCGUUCUCCCUCAAACUCCGCAGUUGACCACGCAGAGGCAGGACCAUUUACAAAACCAACAAGCAGCGCAGAUUCUUAUAAAUGGUACGCUGUUAAAACUCGCGAAUACAAUGACUUCAGCGUACUCCAACAUGAACAAACCUGUAGCCGCCACAAGUCAACCUCUGCCGAUGCUAAAUAAGAAUGUGCCGGGAAUACCAACGGUUGGUAUGACAGUUCAACCCAAACCGAAUUAUACUGUAAAUCUAAGCCACCCAGUGCUAGUGCCGCAGCCUGGGUUUAUCGUCACUUCUGUGCCAAAUAUCAACGUGAAGGAGACUUGGAGCUACACCGGGGUCAACAGUGUGGCUUCCUCUCAAACUUCGUGUUCGAAUACUAUAGUACAUCAUCCACCUCCUAUUGUAACAAACUUCUCAACACAAGCACUUCACACGAGUAGUAUACCCAUCGCUCCGGUGAAACCGCCAGAUAAUCCUAUCCAGGGAACUGAACCACCCAGCAGCACAGUCAAAGAGCCAGAGAUUUGUGAAACGCUCAGUGCAAAGUGUGAUAUGCCAUGGCUGUCGAAGACUGUGAACAACAACAUAGUCUCGUUAGACACCAAGUUGCCUUCGCGACCGUUCGCACAAGUUAGUUGUUUAUCAAAGAAACUUAACGAAGAUAAAGAAAAAAUAAUUAACGAUAAAAUGAGCGACGAAGAAUUGAAAGAAAAAGAAGAAAUACGGAAAGAGACAAUAGACGAAAACUUGCGUAAGGUAGAAGAGGUGGCAAGACGAGAGGAGACGAUUUUCACUCAGAUAACUGUUCUUAAAGACGUAUCGUCGAAUGUGCAAAGUACUGUGAUAGAAUCUGAUUACUGUAGUGCUACAACUGAGUCUUCCGAGUCUGGAAUCGGGACGGAUAAGUCGAUAGACUCUCCAAGCGAUUCCCAGACGAGUAAGGAGUGUGAUGAAGAUUCUUCGUUGUCUUUAAGUGUGAGUGUGUGCGAUGAAGUGGUGAGCUCGCAGAAGAGUCCAAUUCUGAAGCAGCCCAAGACGCUGAGGUUCCCCCCGCGCAACCCGGUAAAGACGCCGAGUGGCAAGAGAACAUCAAGCACUGAUACCACAGCCACAGUCGUCUUGUGCAAUUGGGAAAACUGCAAGGGCGAGUUCGAGAGUGAUGCCGAUCUUUUAGAACAUUUACAGUCGGUGCACGUAGAAUCUCAAGCAGGGAAAGAGAACUACGUAUGCCUAUGGCAGGGCUGCAAGGUGCGGGGGAAGCCAUCGUGCUCAAGACUAUGGCUGGAGCGCCACGCUAUGUCCCACGGCGGCAACAAACCAUUUAAGUGCAUCGUCGACGGUUGCGAGCGACGCUUCUCCACACAGAUCUUGCUAGAACGUCACGUCAACAACCACUUCUCGGAGGCGUCGCCGAACACCAGCGGCAACAAGAAGACUACGGACAGCAGCGCGAAGCUCAUCAGACGAAAUGGCAAGAAACUGCGGUACCGACGACAACCCUGGUCUGCGCGUAUGUUCGACUUCUUCGACCCUGGUAUGAUGGAGGGUCUGGCGUGGCGGCUGUCUCGCUCGACGCGGUGGCGCCUGGGCGGGUCCUGUCCGCUGCGUGAACCCGCCGGCCGGCACACGCUCACGCUACACGCUGCGCUCAUGGCCACACGAUACAACGCUCAGGAGGCGCGCAGAGAGGCGCUCCUGACUUACUAUCCACCUCAUGUGAUCGAGGACGAGUGGGUGCCGGAGAAGGACGUGAAGCGCAUCAAGCGUGUGGAGAUCUCGGAGCUGCCGACGGCCACCAAGGUGCUCCUGUAUGAGCAGUUCUCCGCGUCCUACCGCAAGACCCCCUCCCCACCGCCGCCGCCGCCCAAGAAGGAGACACUACCUCCCCCCGCCGCCCCCGCGAGGCUCCUCCCCGCCAGGCACUGCACCUCCUCCAGACUACUCAACAACCUCCUCGCCAAGAAGAAGGAAGCCAAGAACAUGUGCAGCGCCACCAACGUCCCCAUGCUGUACCCCGACGAAGACAAGGACAAGGUGGAAGUGAGCGGUGCCAAGAAGCGCAAGAUGGGACGACGCUACGGCGGCAACUCCUUCUGGCCCUGCGGACGAUAAACAAACGUAGACUAAGGUUGGAUUGAUUGUAACACGAAGCUCGUUUGGACUAGCGUGACGGUAUUUGUUUUACACGUUUUCGUGUGAUUUAAUUUAUAAAUUCGUUAAUGAAUUACGUAUACUGUUAGUCCAGAGACCUUCCUUAGUGAGUCUAAUGAUUAAAGAUAAAGUAUUGUAGGCCGAGACAGAUGUUGAUUCUCGACCUGACGGUCGGAAUAGGUAAUUUCGCCAAAGAAAUGUAAUAUUUCGCGGCCCGAGCGGCUUAAGACUGCUAGUUCGACUCUGUAGCAGGCAAACUUUAUUCACAAGACUGAUGCUUUUUA